AUGCCUCAGAAGGAAUUUUGCCCUAAGGGCUACCAAGAAACGGCAUUUCAAGGCAUCACUCCAUCAGAGGUGCAUCUUCGCUCGAAUGAUUCGAAGGAGCAGGCAUUUGACUUCUCGUUCGAAGCAGUGCGUGAAAACUUGUUCCGUGUCACUUUUACAUCUCCAGACCACCCUCUCCCUCCGUAUCCGAACGUGAAAAAGCCAGCAACGAAUGUCGACAAUGCUAGGUCAACAGCGACAAAGGUCUCGCACAAAACAAUUGAGGUCGGCGACGUAAAGGCAUCGGUGGAUUGGGAACACACCCCUGUGGUCUCGUUGUCUUGGAAGGACCAAAACAAGCCAUUGUAUCGAGAUCUGCCUUUGCGAUCCUAUGUCGCGGAUGCCAAGGGCAUCGCGAACUAUAGCGAACAUGACCGUGAUGCGCUUCAUGUUGGCCUGGGUGAGAAGAGAGCACCGAUGAAUCUCAGCGGUCGGCACUUCCUGCUCUCUGCCACCGACAGUUUCGGAUACGAUGUCUAUAACACCGACCCGCUGUAUAAACACAUUCCUUUGUUGAUCAAAGCCACCCCGCAAGGAUGUGUGGCUAUCUUCUCGACAACUCAUGGAAGAGGGUCUUGGUCCGUCGGAUCGGAAGUGGAUGGUCUCUGGGGUCAUUUCAAAGUCUACCGUCAAGACUACGGUGGUCUUGAGCAGUAUCUCAUUGUCGGAAAGACUCUCAAGGAUGUGGUCAGGUCAUACGCAGAGCUGGUUGACUUCCCUCUUCUCGCCCCGCGUUGGGCAUACGGGUACAUUUCGGGCGGAUACAAAUACACCAUGGUGGAUGAGCCGCCUGCAAAUGAGGUUCUCAUGGAGUUUGCGGAUAAGCUGAGAGAGCACGAUAUUCCGUGCUCCGCCCACCAGAUGAGCUCGGGUUACUCAAUUGCGACAAAAGAGCCCAAGGUCCGCAAUGUCUUCAAUUGGAAUUACCAUCGAUUUCCUAAGCCAGAUGAAUGGAUUGCGAAGUACCAUUCGCGGGGUAUCCGCCUUCUAACCAACAUCAAGCCUUUCCUUCUCGCCUCUCACCCUGAUUUCAAGAAGCUUGUCGAUGCAGGUGGGUUCUUCAAGGAUCCGACUACCAAAGAGCCGGGUUUCAUGCGAUUGUGGAGUGCUGGGGGUGCAACAGGGGGUGACGGGUGCCACAUCGAUUUCACCUCAGCCGCCGCUUUCAAAUGGUGGUACGAUGGCGUUCAAAGUCUCAAGCGCGUCGGUAUCGAUGCGAUGUGGAAUGAUAACAACGAAUACACUCUCCCUAAUGACGAUUGGAAAGUUGCUCUUGAUGAGCCAACGGUGGCCGAGGCCGUGCAGAAACAGAGUAAAGACGACACCGUUGGACUCUGGGGUCGUGCGAUACACACUGAGCUCAUGGGGAAAGCCUCCCAUGAUGCACUUCUUAACUUGGAACCCAAGAACCGACCAUUCGUCUUGACUCGAAGUGCCACUCCGGGAACUAUGCGAUAUGCCGCUAGUACCUGGAGCGGUGACAAUGUAACCAGUUGGGAGGGCAUGAAAGGAUCGAACUCCCUGUCUCUUAACACAGGAAUAUCCCUCUUGCAGGUGAGCUCCCCCUUGGUAGAGAACAUUAAACUGAAGUAUACUUACUUUUCCAGUGCGCUGGUCAUGAUAUUGGUGGAUUCGAAGGUAUUUUUCCCACGCGCCCUUAAUUCUCUUGGCCCUAAACAGAGCAACAAGACUGAUUUGCUCGCACCAGGACCUCAACCCUCCCCCGAGCUCCUUCUCCGCUGGGUUCAAUUAGGAAUCUACUCGCCACGAUUCGCCAUCAACUGUUUCAAGACCUCCCCAGGAAACAGUUCUGUAGGGGACGUUAUCGAGCCAUGGAUGUAUCCCGAGAUCACGCCACUGAUUCGAGAUACGAUCAAGCGCAGAUAUGAAAUCCUGCCAUACAUCUACUCGCUCGGCCUAGAAAGUCAUCUCACAGCAUCACCGCCCCAGCGUUGGGUCGGCUGGGGCUUCGAAACGGAUCCCGAAGUUUGGACAAAGCCUCUCAAAUCUGGUGAAGAGCAGUUCUGGUUCGGCGACACCAUUCUUGUUGGAGGUGUAUAUGAGCCCGGCGUCAGCGUUGGCAAGGUAUAUCUGCCCCGAAAGACAAACACCCAGUUCGAUUAUGGGUAUGUGAACAUGAACGCACCAUACACGUAUUUCGCUUCAGGCCAAUGGAUCGAAGUGCCUUCUGAGUGGAAAACGAGUAUUCCGCUUCUCGCCAAAAUCGGCGGCGCGAUUCCCGUCGGCAAGUCCAUCCAGACGAGAGUGCCAGGUGAUGAGACCGCUGCUUCGCUGGCAGUGGAAGAGCUGGACGACUACAGAGGAGUGGAAAUUUUCCCGCCUCGGGGCAGUUCCCACAACAAUGCCUUCUCUACUACCUGGUUUGAAGAUGAUGGGAUUUCGGUUGAUCCGACCAUCUCACGAUACACGCUCAACUAUAGCUCAGCAGAAGACAGGGUCAUCGUCGGGUUCUCUCGCGAUGAGCACGGGGGCUUUGUCCCUGCGUGGAAGGAUUUGGAUAUCAUCCUGCACAAUGGUGAUGAGAGACGCGUUGUUUCUGACUCUGGAAAGACAGUCGAGUACAAGGGCGCCGACAAACGGGGCCGCAACGUGUACACUGUCAAGAACUGA